AUGGCAGCGGGUGUCAUCAGAACCUUCCGUCUCUCGGCCACUCCUUCCUGCUAUCUACCCAUGAUCCUCCAACAUUCCCUCAUGGAUGAGGAGGAGGAGGAAGGGGAGGAAGCUUUCUCAACCCCCGCCCCUUGCUCGUCAGAUCUGACCAAUCAGCUGCUUCGGUUCGCUGACACCAUCAGCCGGGACGUCAUGCGGUAUUUUGGCUCUCGCCACGACGACCCGGACGCCUGCGACAUCUACAGCGACAAUGACCGCAUCGCCACGGCAACAAGCGGACGACGGCGUUACUACGAUGACCUGGUUAGGACGGCAACGGGAAGCUCCGAGUCUGUGUCUAGGGCCGACAGUCGCCAAGGACCGUGUGUUUCUGUUGCCGGGGGCGGCGGAAGUCUGGGUCCGCUGGCUGAGUUGUUUGUCUGUCGGAUCGGGCCGAGCCAGGGACCAUGUCGUCCAAUGAACAUGAGACACCUCCCUCUCAGCUUCUGGAACGAGCCAAUCCCCUGCCUCGCUGUGGGCACGCUCGUUAGCGCUGACAAUACACGCACGCGCCACAAUACGCACUCGCACGACAAUACGCCCUCGCACGACAACACGCACACACACCCGGACUUCAGUGACCUGCUUGCUUACUGGGACCCCAAUCCUGACCUGACACUCACCGACCUC